AUUUUGCUGAGCUGAAUGGUCGAAACGUUAUUUGAUUGGCUCUUUGUUCUCUCACGUACGCGUGCCAUUUGUCAAGAUGCUGUGAGGAGGCUCUGGUUUUUGGCCAAGUGCAGCAUCUGCAGGUUUACCCGUGCCAGUUGUCACCAGUUUCCAGAAAAAGGAAGAAGCAAGAAGGCGGCAUUGGAAAUAAGCAACCUGAGGAUUAUGGCCGCCAAUUCCGCUACUGUGCGGAUUCUUAUAAAAGGAGGGAAGGUAGUGAACGAUGACUUCACUCAGGAGGCAGACGUUUACAUUGAGAAUGGGAUUAUUCAGCAGGUGGGCCGGGAGCUCAUGAUCCCCGGGGGGGCAAAGGUCAUCGACGCCACUGGCAAACUGGUCAUCCCGGGGGGCAUCGACACCAGCACCCACUUCCACCAGACGUUCAUGAACGCCACCUGCGUGGAUGACUUCUACAACGGCACCAAGGCUGCACUUGUUGGAGGAACCACCAUGGUGAUAGGCCACGUGUUACCAGACAAAGACACUUCCCUGCUGGAGGCCUAUGAGAAAUGUCGAGCCCUGGCUGACCCCAAGACCUGCUGCGACUAUUCCCUCCAUGUGGGGGUCACCUGGUGGGGGCCCAAGGUGAGGUCUGAGAUGGAGACCCUAGUGAGGGAGAAGGGAGUGAACUCGUUCCAGAUGUUCAUGACCUACAAGGACCUGUACAUGCUGCGGGACAGUGACCUCUACCAGGUCUUCCGCACCUGCAAGAAUAUCGGGGCCGUGGCGCGAGUCCAUGCAGAGAACGGGGAGCUGGUGGCGGAGGGUGCCAAGGAAGCUCUGGAUCUUGGUAUCAGUGGACCUGAAGGCAUCGAAAUCAGCAGGCCAGAGGAGCUCGAGGCAGAGGCAACCCAUCGUGUCAUUACGAUCGCUAACAGAACUCAUUGUCCCAUUUAUCUGGUUAAUGUGUCCAGCAUGUCUGCAGGAGAUGUUAUUGCAACUGCUAAGAUGCAAGGGAAGGUUGUCCAUGCAGAGACGACCACAGCCCAUGCUGUCCUGAACGGACUGCAUUACUAUCACCAGGACUGGUCACAUGCGGCAGCCUACGUCACUGUGCCUCCACUUCGACUGGACCCAAACACGCCGAACUACAUCAUGAGCCUGCUUGGCAAUGACUCUAUAAACGUUGUAGCCUCAGACCACCGUCCCUUCACCACCAAGCAGAAAGCAAUGGGAAAGGAAGACUUCACUAAAAUCCCACAUGGCGUCAGUGGUGUCCAGGACAGGAUGAGUGUUAUCUGGGAAAGAGGAGUGGUGGGAGGCAAGAUGGAUGAAAACCGCUUUGUUGCCGUGACGAGUUCAAACGCUGCGAAGAUUUACAACCUGUACCCGAGGAAGGGCAGGAUCAUCCCCGGGGCUGACGCAGACGUCGUGGUCUGGGACCCAGACGCCACAAAGACCAUCUCAGUGAGCACCCAGGUGCAGGGCGGGGAUGUCAACCUGUAUGAGAACCUGCGCAGCCACGGAGUGCCGCUGGUCACCAUCAGCCGUGGGAGAGUGGUCUCCGAGAACGGGGUGUUCAUGUGUGCUGAGGGGACCGGCAAAUUCUACCCCCUCAGGACCUUCCCUGACUUCCUGUACAAGAAGAUGGUACAAAGAGAAAAGUGCCAAACCCUGAAGGGUGUGGAGCGUACUCCGUACGCUGGUGACGUGGCAGUGGUCUCAACUUCUGGGAAGGAGUCGGGACCCCCGGACGGUGACGCUGCAGCCAGACCUUCAACAAGGCACGGAGGCAUGAGGGACCUGCAUGAGUCCAGCUUCAAUUUAUCUGGUACCCAGACUGAUGAUCAUAUUCCAAAGAGAUCUUCUGCCAGGAUUCUGGCUCCCCCUGGUGGCAGGUCCAGCGGAAUUUGGUAACCAUGGAAAACCCCCAAACUCGGGACCAAAUACAGCAGCAGAUUUCAAUAAAAUAUCGCUACUGUGCCGCAACACUUAACUAAAUGAAGGAGGAACAAAAAGUACUGCACUGAUUUUUAUAACGUGCUUAGAAUAUCCUAAACAUAUACUGUACUUUUAAAAGAGAAAGGCACUUUGGUUUCUAAUUGGACACAAACUAGAAUUAGCUGCUUAGGGACCGAUCGAAACAAUGUGUAUUUGAAAGAUUGGCUGCUGAUACUGUAUGUGAUAAACAAUGAAGCGGAUGUCCCUGGCUAUAAUUAACAUGUUUUUAGGAAGGAAAUGUUUUCUUAAAUUAAUGGUGAUAAGGAAAGGCUGAUCAAAUAAAAGAUCAUUCAUUUAUUAUUAUUUUUAAUUCUGGAGGUUCAGCACUUAGUAAAUCUGUUAGUAAAAUAUCUCUAGCCAGAAUGUUUUUUUUGUUUGGGUGCUACAGUACAGUGUGUGUUGGCUGGGGUUAUGUAGCAGUACUAGAAGCUGAACAAUACAUAGUGCUUUUGCUGCAGAGUAGUCCUGAUGCAAUGUGCUUUUUGUCAUGGUGUCUCCUUGUUGCUCCAACAGUAUGUCAAAGUCCAGAAAAAUAGGACUUUCUUUAUUUAACAAAUGGGACUGUUAGCCAAGAAAACACAGUUUCAACAUGUAUGUAAUUUAUUUUAUGAAGUCCUUUAUUAAAACAUCUGUGUUAAAGAAGUGAUACCCAAUCAUUACCUCUUAUUAGCUUCAGCAACCCCACUCCCUAGGGGCAUUUUGUGCCUAGUCUGAUUAGACCAGGAAGAGUUAAUAUUACAAAGAUGACUGCCCCCCCCCCCCCCCCUUAAAUGAGCCCCAAUGGUUCAAUUUGUGAGUUGUAAUUCAAGCACAAUCACACAUUUAAGCACUGUAAUCUGUGGCACAAAAAUAUUGAUUAAUCAAGUGUGGCUUUAUUCAUUUUAUCUGAUCAAAGAUCAGAUUUUUCAUUUUUGUCUUCAAAGUUUAAAGUAUCAGUGGGUUAUCUUUUAUACUGGCCAAACUAUUCAGAUAUCUGGAUCUUUUCUGGCUUCAUAUACCAGUAACAGUAUGAGUUAUUAUUUUUUUUCAUAUAUUAAUAAAAAAAUGAAUAAAAUAAGCAAAGAGCUUGUGCUAAUAUGAGGGAAGAACACUGAUUUGGGUAUCACUGCCUGUCUGGAUUCUUGGGAUGUAAUUGGUCAUACCCUGCACUGUAAUAGUAUUAAAAAAUAGUCAUACUAAUGGAGGACAACAGAUUAGUGUCGAAUGUGCAUUUCUUUGAUAAAAGGAAGUCACAGAGCACUGGUUUAGGCAAUCGUUUUACGUUUUAAAGGCUUUUCAAGAUUAUUAGACAUUUAAAACAAUAACACGUAUAGUUAACAUUAUAAGAAAUGUGAUCUCUUUCACUACAGAAUUAAGUUAAUGUACCCUAUACUCAAAGCUUAUUUAAACAAUAUCAUGUCCUGUUCACAAAACUGUAGGGAAGGUUAUGUUAAGGAUGGUUUUAAGAAUACAGUAUCCUGUAUUGCUUCAAAGAUUACCGGUAUACUUUUUUUUUUUUUUUUAACUGUAGAAUGAGAAAUCCAAUAGAAGUAACUGAACUGUUUUUGCAAAACACAUUUUACUUUAGUUUAAAUAUUCAUUAGCAAAGCAAUCUAUUGUUCAUUGUUCAUUAUCUAGAUAGAGGUGAUGGUUUGAACUUCACGCUGCUCUCUGUUAUCUAGAUAGAGGUGAUGGUUUGAGCUUCACGCUGCUCUCUGUUAUCUAGAUAAAGGUGAUGGUUUGAGCUUCACGCUGCUCUCCGUUAUCUAGAUAGAGGUGAUGGUUUGAGCUUCACACUGCUUUCCAUUAUCUAGAUAGAGGUGAUGGUUUGAGCUUCACGCUGCUCUCCGUUACCUAGAUAGAGGUGAUGGUUUGAGCUUCACGCUGCUCUCCGUUAUCUAGAUAGAGGUGAUGGUUUGAGCUUCACGCUGCUCUCCGUUAUCUAGAUAGAGGUGAUGGUUUGAGCUUCACGCUGCUUUGCGUUAUCUAGAUAGAGGUGAUGGUUUCAGCUUCACUCUGCUCUCCGUUAUCUAGAUAGAGGUUUUGGGUUUAUUUUGUAAAUUGCUUCUUCCAUUUAGCUUGCAUAAGUUAACUUGUAUUAAGAAGUAAAAUGCAAAUUUAUAAACUGUAUUUCCACAUAUAUUUUCCAUGUUGGCAGCCGACUUCAGUCAUAUCUUGGGAAUGAUUAAGUUUUUUAUUUUUUUUAUUUUAUUAUUUUUUUAAAUUUAGUCGUCGCCAGUGGCUUUUAACCUGGUUCUCUCCCCAAUUUGGAAUGCCCAAUUAUUAUUUUUAUUCUGGUUCACCGCUGCAACUCCCGCGCUGACUCGGGGAAACGGCGGCAGAAACACAUGUCCUCCGAAACGUGUCCUGCUAAGCCGUCUUUAUUCGCGCUGCAGGUCUACAGCGAAGCCAUCAGACCCAUAGUGCCAGAGGACAACACAGAUCUGAGUGGCUUCUACAGCAGACCUGCAGGCGCCCUGUCGGCCACAAGAGUCGCUGGUGUGCGGUGAACAGAGGAUUACCCUGCCAACCUGAACCCUCCCCACCCGGGCGGCGCUCGGCCAAUUGUGCGCCGCCCCCUGGGAAUUUCCAGCCACAAUCAGCGAUGGCAUAACCUGGACUCGAACCAGGCUAGGGCGCAACCUGCACUCCACGCAGAGCGCCUUUACUGGAUGCGCCACUUGGGAGCCCCUGGGAAUGAUUACAUUUUUAUUAUCGUCCAGAGGUUCAUCAAAUAUUUCUGUAGUUCAUAUAAAGCAGCCAGAUCAAGGGUCAACAAAUGAGUCUGUUGUAACAAUUAACAGUACUACUGGACAGCAUGAAUAAAUCUUCAUUUUACAGGUCGCAUCAUUUUUAAAAACAAGAAAACAAACAAACGUGAUGUUUGAUUUGAUAAGCUGCGACCACAAACAUCACUAUGGAAUGGGAAAUUGAUUGUAUGUCCAUAGAUUUAUUGCAUGGCAUAAUUCCAUCCAUGACUCCUAAGACAGGUCAAUGUAAUAAUCCACUUCCCUCUGCACUAGAAGGUAUUUUUUUUUGUUUGUUUUGUUUUUUGAACCAGCGGAUGGAGUUAAUUAGUUAUGUCUUGUUUGGGUCACAAUGAAAUGAAUGGAUACAGUAAUGUUAGUUCUCUCCUGUGACAUGACAUUUUAAUAUAAAAUCUGAUUUUUACAUCUACAGUUUUAUUGGAAUUAAAAUGUAUGUUACUGAAAGUCAAUUGCAUCUGAUUCAUGUGAAAAUGAAAGCAAAGAAAUUGCGAGCACAGAGAACAAUUGUCUUUCUGCGCUACAUUUCAUUACAGUAAUAAAAUAAUAUAUAUUUACAUUCUGCUCAUUCCAGCUGGAAUUCUGUAGAACAAUGUUCAUUACAUCCAUGAUAUCUGUUGUUACUAAAACUUAACAACUAAAUCUGUUGCACAUAUUUUCUACAAUUUGGAACUGCAUCUGUAUUAUUACACAAAUCGAAUCCGUUUUAAUACUUUUGAAUAGUUUUCACAUUUUAAAAACAACCACCUACUGUACAUCUGUUUUCAUGAAGUUCCAUAUUGUGUGUUCUGUACAUACAAUAUUAGAUAGAGUGGUUGUAUAGUAUGAAACCGCAGCAUGCAAAUAAUAGACUGGAGCCAGUAUCAAAUACUUCCAGAAUAUCACAGUAGAAACAAUCAGUUUAUCACUUGAACUCAGAUUCUGCCGUGUGUCUCACACAAUUUCUGCAUGUGAUGUACUGAACUAAGAGAUGGAAAGCUUGAAAAGACUUUUGAUUUAACAAGUACUGUAUUUAGUAACUGGUAACAUGCUCUGUAAUAUCCUAUCAUAAGAUAAUGCAGUAUUUUCAUUUAUUUUCAUGACUAUUCACAAAAAGAGAAAUUUGAUUGCAAAAAAUGCUUUCACAAUUGUGUAAGAAAACUACAUAAAACUUUAAUGAAUACUAAAUUGUUCCAAGAAACACUAUUUUCUAAGGGUAGCUAGAACUUGUUAACUGGAUAAACUAGGAAAACACUGUCAUGUGUGUGUUGUUUUGUGAUGAUUUUCAGUUUAAAAAAUGUGUUGAAAGAAAUAUUAUUUAUACAUGGAUCUUAAAAUGUAUACAUUUGUUCUAUGAAGGCUGUUGCUCAUUAAUUGUUCUGUAGUCAUUGUUCUCAUCCCCAUUGUCACAAUAGCAGAUAGCAAGUACUGUGAGUGCAUGAGAGUAAAGCUUUUGUGUAAAAUUGAUGCUGGAAGAUUAUUAUUUUUUUUUUUUUAAGAGCACUUUGUGAAAAGUUUGAUUGUAUGUAUUUGUAGAGAAUCGUGUUGAAAGGUGAAUUCAAGCAAAUUAUGUUAACACAUGAAUGAGUGCUAAAUAAAAAUAAAAAACACAUAG